AUCAACUGAUAAGAGGUUGUUAUAAAAUUUGGCCCAGAUGGACAUCAGCUCACUCUCAACAAAAACACUCGAGGCAAGGCACCAAAAUGCUGCGCACCACCCUUCUUGUUGCCCUUUGCGUCGCAUCUGCUUUCGCGACAGAUUUCCGAGCUUGCAGCGAUGGAUCACCAAGCCCUGAUUUUCUGGAGGUUUCUGGUUGCGAAACACUUCCCUGCGACUUUGUUCAUGGCACGGACCUCGACUCUAAAGUAACCUUCACUGCAAGCGCUGAUGCCAGCACUCUGAGGCCUUUGGUGAUGGUGACCACCCUCGGCCUGACCAUCGACUACCCGUUGCCCGACCAAGACGUCUGCGCCAACCUCAUCUCCGGGGGCUGCCCCUUGGCCGCCGGCGACCAAGUCAUUUACAACCUGAUCAUGCCCAUUCUGCAGGAGUACCCGCUCGUGUCCAUGAGCAUCGAAUUUUCCGUCCUGGACGAAGCCGACAAUACCCUCACCUGCUUUGAAGUUGAUGGAAAGGUCGUUAACCCUUAAACAAAGGGAGAGAAUUUCUGUUGACAUCCGAAUACUCAAAAAUAUGGCACGAACAUGAAUAAUGUGUUGCUCUCCAAAUUAAACAUGAAGUAAAUAGUUUCUGAA